AUGGAUGAUGCCGCGACUGUGCUCCCGGAGGGGGAGAGAAAUCUCAGCGACGCUGCCCCUCAGGAGGUGGAAGCAGCCGCUUCCUCGGAAGUUCCCAAGCCGAAGCGGAAGGCCCGAAAGAAAAAGCUCGCGCCGAAGAGCUCGGACGACCCGUCCGGCUGGCUACAGGAGGUGCCGCCGGAAGUUGCGAUACCUCAUGUCGUAGAUCUGGAGGGCCUGUUAGCUGUGCUGAGUACCCGGCAUGCGGAGCUCGACUCGAAGCUCGAGGGAUGGAUGCAGCGGCAGGAAGCGAUGCUGAAAGAUCUCGGCAACAAACUGUCAGGGUCGGAUGCCGCUCCAGCCGAGAGGAGCCGGGCGGCCGAGCCAGCGCCGGUCGAAGCCCCUUCUGCGAAGCCUGAGAAGCUGUCAAAGACUUCCGUCAUGGGGAGGUCGCCCACCCUCAAGAACUUUGCAGAGAAGGUGCUGCGAAACACCGAGACGCCAACUGAUUCCGUCAGCCCACUUCCGGUGGAGCGGCGCAGUCAGCACAAGGCUGUGAACUUUCUGGCGGUCGCUGCAGCAGUGGACGGCGAGGCCGGUGCUGAGGAGAUUUUGCCCCAGGUCACGGACACCGACACGUCGAGGUCGAAGGACAGGGACGCCAUUGCCUCUGUGGACAAAGCCGUGUCGAGCCAGACGGCGAAGUCCAAGAAGAGCCACAAGCGCAUGCGCACCUCUCGGGAGGUGCAGGCCGCCUACCUCGAGCGAAUGAGGCGCGAGAUGGCAAAGACAAGGCGGCGCGGUUCGAAGUUUGACGAUAGCUGGAAGGGUAAGAUGGAGCACUUCCUGCAGACCCCCUACUUCGAGAUCAUCAUGAUGGUCUUGAGCGUGACCUGUGCGGUGGUCGUCGGCGUAGAGGUGAACUGGUUUGCCGAGAACAUCGGUGCGACCAGCGCUCCCACGGAGCUUUUGGUCUUGAACCACGUAUUGUCCUUGUUCUUCGCACUGGAGCUGGGGCUCAAGGUUUGGGUCUAUCGCUGCGAGUUCUUCACCUUUGACAUCGGCUGGCACGCGCUUGAUAUGCUGAUCGUGAGCACCGGCAUGGCAGAGCUGAUCAUUGAUGUGGUGAGCUUGGUGAAUGCAGCAGCCUGUAGAGGCCGCGAUUGCGAGAACCCGGAUGAGAGUAUCGACCUAAGCAUCCUCCGUGCCGUGCGCAUCGGCCGCGUCGUGCGCCUGGCACGACUGGCUCGACUGGUGCAGUACAUCCGCGAGCUGCGACGGCUAAUUCUCUCUGUGGCCGGCACGCUGAAAGCAGUGUUUUGGGCCAUCGUGCUGCUGGCCUUGUUCAUCUACACCUUCGCUGUCAUCUUCCAGCAAGCAGUGAACGACUACGAGCACGACUUGGUAACCAAAAACUCCACAGCCUACGACCCAGCAGCGAAUCCCGAGCGCGGACGCUUCUUCGACGGCAUCUUGCGAACGGCGAUGACGCUGUUGCAGACCGCAACAGGUGGCGUCAGCUGGAUCGAAGUUGAGGCAGCAUUGGCUGGCAUCUCACCGCUCUUGGUUUUGAUCUUCCUGAUGUACUUCAGUUUUAUUUACUUCGCCAUUUUGAACGUUGUGACGGGCGUUUUUUGUUCGAGUGCUAUCGAGAGCGCAUCAGAGGAUGCAGGUAUGCUGAUUGUGGACCACAUGCGAAAGACUGAGGAGUACGCGACGAAGCUCACAAAUCUGUUCAAGCAGAUCGAUGCCGACAACUCCGACACCAUCUCCAUCCUGGAGUUCGAGGAGAACUUCCAUGAUCCGGAGGUGAAGGCCCUGUUUCAAACACUGGGCAUCGACGAGGAUAAGGCAUGGAAGCUCUUCGAGAUACUCGAUGAGAACGAGGAUGGCGAGAUCCACGUCGAAGAGUUCGUGUCACGCUGCUUCAAGCUGCGCGGUUCUGCGCAGCGGCUAGAUACAGAGAGGAUCUACGCCGUGAUGAAGAGACAGAGUGCGCAGCUGGACGACAUCUCAGGCUAUGUCAAUGAUCUCCUCCGUGGUAUCACUUCCCUGGUUCUCAACCAGCAGAAGCGGAGCGGCACCAUCGGAAGGAGUCAGACGAGCUGGAAUCCCAGUUCGUGA